AUCUAUUUUUAGGUAAAUACUUAAUGCUUUUUAUCAUUGUCCAUGAUAAAAUUGUAAACGUCAAAGCGCUAGUUGGAUCAAGUGUUAGGGACGCACUACCUGAUGAAUUUCCAUUUAUAGCUGCAAUUGUAAAUGAUAUUCCAAAUUUUGAGUAUGACAAGGAUUUAAUAUGCACUGGGGUAUUGGCUAAUAGGCAGAGCGUCAUAACGACCGCUCACUGCUUAGAACAAGACUUUGAAUAUAAUAUUAAACUUAUCAUUGGGUCAAACGAUUUAUUAAGCCUUUCGCAGUAUCAUAUAGCCUUUUGGUUAUCGUAUAAUCAGUGGGCUCAGUAUUCACGAAUACACGUGACUUUUAGUACCAACGAUAUUUGUGUUUUGAGGUUAACAAGUCACGUUCAUCGAACUAUUCAGCCUGCAGUUAUAGCAUAUGAAACAUAUAAUCAAUUUAAUGGACAAAAUAUUGUACUAGCAGGUUGGGGUCAAAUAAAUAAUACAACGUUUCCUAGGAUACUGCAAACGAGUCCUGCCACGGUUUUAUCAAAUGAAAAUUGCCUAGCUAGAGUUAAUCAAUUAGUUUCGGGUCAGUUCAUUGUCGAUGGGAAUAUUUUCUGCAGUGCUGGAAAUCCAUUUACUUAUGUAAUGUUGGGGGACAAUGGAGGACCAGUUGUGUACAGGAAUCGCGUUAUAGGCAUUAAUAUGGGCACGUGUCCUCAUUAUGAAAAUCACCAACUUCACGCUAAUAAAGUGAAUAUUCACAUAAAUCUAUAUGUUUAUCAACAUUUCUUAAGGAUAGCCCUUCAGUAA